UUCGAUUUAUGAUAAUUAUAGGAAAUCAGAAAUGUAGAACACAGCUUUUGUAGCUUUCGCUGAAUUAAUUACUAUCUAUUUAUCUAAUAAUUAAACUGAUCAAUCAUGAUUCUGCGAUGUCUCUCGUGAAACACCUCGCGUAUCCUUUACAUCUUCCCGCUUGACUCCAACUUCAGCCUUUGAAUCGGUGUUAUCAAAAGUUCAGGUGGUUGAAAAAAGGAUCUAGCAUGUCUUAAAAAUGGUUGUAACUGAUUUGAAUAUUUUCGCCGUGUUUCAAAUGAUUAGUCGAACCAUCUUAAACACCGUAGCAUCUAUUUGCAAACAUGUACUACACUUCGUUAGGAGAUUGUUCAGAAGAAUACGAUACUACGAACCAGUGACUUACACCAUUUGUCCUCUGACACCUGUAUCUAGUCAUCGCUUAAACAUAAUUAAGAAAAAAAUCCUCGUUCUAGACUUGGACGAAACACUUAUUCAUUCCGCGUCUGUCAAUUCGCCAUACCACAAUGACCGAAAGAACCUCUUCAUUGAACCGGAUUUCGAGCUGCAAGUGAUGAUAGAGAAACAACAUGUCAAGUUUCACGUAUUCAAAAGACCCCACGUAGACAAAUUCUUGGAAAUAGUUAGUCAAUGGUACGAUGUCGUUAUCUUUACCGCAGGUAUCGACGCCUACGGCGAAAUAAUUACCAAUCGACUGGAUAACAAUCGAGGAAUAUUCAAAAAGAAAUACUACAGACGACAUUGUACUCCCGAGUUAGGUUUGUUUAGUAAAGAUUUAUCGGUAAUUACCAACGAUUUGAGUAGUAUUUUCAUCCUCGAUAAUUCACCCUUCGCUUAUAAAAAUUACCCUCAUAAUGCCAUUCAGAUUAAAUCGUGGUUCUGCGACCAGUCGGACAAAGCAUUGCUUAACUUAUUACCUGUAUUAGACGCUAUGAGAUUUGUACAAGAUGUGCGAUCUGUUCUAUGUCGAAAUCCUAACCAUAAAGUAUUAUAAUUUUUCCUAUCUCUCAAAGUAUUAUUAUUUUUUUUAUCUUCUUCUUAAGAUAGCUUUCGUACUGUAGAAGUAGUUGUAAGAAUUCUCUUCUAAUAUUAGUGUAAUUUUUCCAACCCUGUAUUAACUGAACUGGUUACACCAUGUGAUUAAUCCUAUAUAAAAUCAUUUUCAAGUAUUAUAUUGUGUUUCCUGGUUGUGAUAGACAAAUAUUAUAAGCAAAUCAUAUCAUCAUGGUAUAACUAGUUUAAAUAAAGCUACCUAUAGAUAGAUUUUUCCAUCGACAUUUUUCUCCUUCAUAACUAUGUAGUAUACAUAUACCUCGAUACAUUUUUUAUACCUAUACCUAUCCUAUUAUUUUAAAUAUUUUAAUCUCAGAGAGUUUUUUAUGUAUUCAUAUGACAUUAUCUUUACUUUUACUGCAGAGAGAAGGAUAAUAUUCUCCAAAACAUUUUCAUAUUAGACAUGAACCUAUUUUUUUUUUUUUUUUGUCUAAUAAUCCUGUAUUUUCAAACCCUAUUUUCUAUUUGUGUGAUAUAAAUUAUUUGAUUUUUUAAAUGAAAUUUUCAAAAGUUGUA